AUGCCUCGCAGUAUAUUCUCUGUCCAGGAGCGAGUCCUUCUUGUGUCUUGUAUGUAUCUCUGUGGCAAUCAUCACCAAGUUAUUGCACAUGACCCCGAGUUGCUUAAAUCAGUCCGUGAAGCAGGGAUUAGAAUUCCAUUUAUUCUCUUUCAUGAAUCUGGUAUGACAAAAGAACUUCAUAAUUUUAUUUCAAGCAGUAUUCAAGCUGGGCUCUGUAUACAGGACAUUGAGAGCAUGUUUUUAAAUUUGUAAAGUUUGCAUCACAGCAGCAGAGCCUACUUGUAUUAUUCUCAAGCCACAUUGUCCAUGGAUAGUUAUGAACAGUGUAAUUUUCCGCUUUUUAAUCCAAAGAGAGAUUCCAUCGGAAGAAUGCUGAUCACAAGAGCAUUUCUGCGAGCUUUUAGUGAGUGCGAAGGUAUGUAUACACAGCACAUGGCUAGCCAUUGUGGUCAUUGGCUGUCAGCAGACCACACAUUCAAAGUAUCUGCUAAUAUCGGUUAUUGGAGUAACCAAAAGUGGAUCAAAUUAUACAAUGCUGUGUUUAUUGUGAUGAAUGAAGAGAAUAAGGUACUUGCAUGGCAACUUACAAGAGGUACUUCUAUUGAUACAAUGCAGUCGCUUCUCACUGGAUUAUAUCAAAGACAUCAAAAUGCACAACAAGAGAUAGAAGGCAUUAUUAUUGACAAUUGUUGUAUAGUGAAGAACAAAAUAAAUGCCAUAUUUGGAAGUAGGGUCUUAAUCAAGCUUGAUUUGUUCCAUGCAAUAAAAAGAAUCUUGGAGAAGAUACCGAGAAAAGGAGUGACGUCUGAAGUUAGAGAAGUUAGGCAAGUCAUGAUUAAGGACUUAAGAUUGUGUUUUCGCGACGAAAAAGAUAUUGGACAAACAAGGAAGAAACCAACACCCCCUUCAGACAAGAUGCAAAAAAAUUUGCAGGACUUUUUGAAGAAAUGGUCUUCUGAGCUACUUGAUGAUAUGAAAGACUACUAG